GGGUAGGUUGGUAGCGCGGGUCCUCUCGUAGAGCUUUUCCCGCGCGGGUGGCGCCGCCGUUCAGGUUCGUGGUGGUUUUCGACGUUACCCCGUUAUAUCCUCUACUACCUUCCUACCACCUACCUAUCCCCAGGUCCAAACCAAACCUCUCUUUAUAUCCAACGGCAUAAAACCCACUUAUUAGAAGCCUUCUCAGCUCGCUCGUUUAUACCUACGAAAGAAAAAAAAUACAUAUAUAUAUAUACCUAUAUAUACACAUACAUACACACAUGUAUAUACCAAAGAGCCCGUCGCUCGCUCUUGAAACUAUCAACUAGAAUUCGUCAGUCAGUCAACCAACGAACCAACAAAACUAAGUAACGUCAAGCAUAAAGGGAUAAAAUCCCAGAAAAAAAAAAAUUCAAAAAAAUAAAGAGCAAGAACAAAAUUCCCAACUCGACAAAGUCAUCAGAAAUUCAGUGAAGAGAAACCCAAUUUCAAUUGUUGUAAUUAAUGUGAACAAUUGUGUGUGAAGUUGGUGUGCACGUUCAACGACUAACGAAUUUUCUUCUCACAUCUGUAAUACAGGGAACAGGAAGAGAACGAUUUUAAACUUGAUGAAAUAAUGCAAUAAAUAAAUAAAUGUUCAACAUUUCGUAAACCGAGAGUGUUUUGAUAUCUUCAAAUUCUCGUAUUUACAUCUUUCUUUCGUUUAUUUAUUUAAUCAUUGAUUUAUUAUUCGUAGUGAAAUUAUUUUGAUUCUCCCAUUUCCGCGAUUAUUAUCCAUUCUGUGCAUGUGUAUACGAUAUUAUUUCUAUAUCAAAUGAUGGUGAAAAGACGCUGGUAUGAUAUCAUUUAUUAUUAGGAACUCGGUAGUGUGGAACAAAAAGAAGAAAUAAAAAACAGAUCGUCUAUUUUAAUUAACGAAAUAAAUCUCCAUAUAAAAAGUAAAGAAAUAGAUCCAAUUUCGAGCAAAACGGUCUUAUUUGUUCUCCGAAACUUUGAUUCCGAAUCUCAGUUACAUAAGAUCGAAUAAAAAUAAGUCAAAAUUACACGAUAAAAAUAAAAAACGUGCCGAUGACGACGGUGGACUUUGGUGUUUAUUAUAGUGAUUCGUCAUCCGGAUUAGGUGCAGCGUUAGCAGCAUCGGCAUCAUCAACAUCAUCAGCGUCAGCGUCAGCAUCAGCAGCUGAGGAAGAAGAAGAAGACUGUGAAUUGGUGCAGCGUUGCUGCGAGGCUAUUUUAUCGAAUGAAAAAAAAUGUGAACAAUUAAUACGUGCGGUUGAUAAAAAAUAUUCAAUAUCCAAACCGUACGAACUGAAACCAGCAAUAAUAAAAUCUUUCUUUUUAUCUUCGUUACUACCCUCCAUAGAUUCAUCGUUCAAAAGUAAAAACAAAUGCAGCUGCAAGCACGGGAGCGAAAGCGCGAUGACGUUGUUGUCGAUAAAAAAUACCGAACUAGGUGUCACGACAACGACAUGAGGUGGAAGAUUUUCAGGUGUGAGAGACACCGCUGGACGUCGUCGACAAUAUCAUAAAUAAAUCAGAAACAAAAAUACGAAUAAAUAAAUUUAUAGACGUACACAGACAGUGUUUUUUGUCCAUUCAUCAACCGCUGCCGCAUAUCACUGUACGUGCUGAUGUCGUAUACGACGAUUGCAUAGUAAUAUAUAUUUACAUAUACAUAUAAAAUUUUGAGAAGAAAAUAUUUGAAAAAACAACUUGACAAAACGAAGAGGAGGAAUGACUCGAAAAUAAAACUUAAAAAAAAAAAGAAAGAAAAAAUCAAACAAACAAAUAAGUAACAAUAAUAAUCAAACGAAGAUACAAAAUACCGAAAAAUUAAUACCUAACGCCGUCCCGAAUUAUUGAAUACAUAUGAUACACACAUAUAUAUACAUAUAUCAAAAUUAUAUUAUGUGAUAUUAUACAUGAUAUAAUAUCUGUAUAUCGAUACACGUACAUAUUAUUAGUGAUAACCUGCGAAAAAACAAAGUAAGAAGAGAAACGAAGAAACGAGAAUAAAAUCAAAUAAUAUAAAGAAAAGGAAGUGAAUCUUGAUAUCAGCGGUAUCAUUAUUAUUGAUAUCAUUAUUAUUAUUAUUAUUAUUACGAUUAAUGUUGUUGUAUAAUUGUUGUUAACAUUGUUAUGCCGUAUUAAUAUGAUCGGAUUCUUCUGCUGAUAAUAUCAAUAACGAAGAAACGAAUGAAAGAAAGAAAAAAAUCAAAUUAUUAAAUAAAUAUAAAAAUAAAUAUAAUAAUUAUAAAAAGAAAAACAUUUUUAAACUCGCCGUCGUUGUGAAAACAGCCGUCCCCAUGCACCAUGCAGAUGAUCCUAGUUGCUGGCGGAUCGCUGCCAAAGCUCAGCAGCCAGGACGAGGACGGGCCGAACCCCCACACGCAAUAUACAGGCGUCACACACUUCGAGCCUAUACCUCACGAUCAUGAUUUCUGUGAAAGGGUCGUCAUCAACGUGAGUGGGUUACGGUUUGAGACACAGCUUCGCACGUUAAACCAGUUUCCGGACACGCUUCUUGGCGAUCCAGCACGACGGAUCAGGUACUUCGAUCCCCUUAGAAAUGAAUAUUUCUUCGACCGAAAUCGACCCUCCUUCGAUGCGAUCCUCUACUACUACCAAAGCGGAGGUCGCCUUAGACGCCCCGUCAACGUACCGCUCGAUGUCUUCUCCGAGGAAAUCAAAUUUUACGAACUCGGGGAGAUGGCCACCAACAAAUUCAGGGAGGACGAGGGAUUCAUUAAGGAGGAAGAGAAGCCACUGCCGUCGCACGAGUUCCAGAGGAAGGUGUGGCUGUUAUUCGAGUAUCCGGAGAGCUCGCAGGCGGCGCGAGUUGUUGCGAUAAUAUCAGUGUUCGUAAUACUUCUGUCGAUCGUAAUAUUCUGCCUUGAGACCCUACCGGAGUUUAAACACUAUAAAGUGUUCAAUACAACGGCGAACGUAACGAAGAUAGAAGAAGACGAAGUGCCGGAUAUAACGGACCCGUUCUUCCUAAUAGAAACUAUUUGUAUAAUCUGGUUCACGUUUGAGUUAUCAGUACGCUUCCUCGCCUGCCCAAAUAAGCUAAACUUCUUCCGUGACGUAAUGAACAUCAUCGAUAUCAUCGCAAUCAUUCCAUAUUUCAUUACAUUGGCCACUGUUGUGGCCGAGGAGGAGGACACGCUCAACCUGCCAAAGGCUCCGGUCAGCCCGCAGGACAAGAGUACAAACCAGGCUAUGUCCCUAGCGAUUUUAAGGGUCAUUAGGCUGGUCAGGGUCUUCAGAAUAUUCAAACUCUCGAGGCACAGUAAAGGGCUACAAAUUCUAGGUCGCACUCUCAAGGCCUCGAUGCGUGAGCUUGGCCUGCUCAUCUUUUUCCUCUUCAUUGGGGUAAUCCUGUUCAGUUCGGUGGUGUACUUCGCGGAAGCUGGUUCGCAGGAGAGUUUCUUCAAAUCGAUACCGGACGCGUUCUGGUGGGCUGUUGUCACGAUGACGACCGUUGGCUACGGGGACAUGAGGUACACGCUACGACUUAAUAAUUCUGAACGAGGUUUUCUCCCUUCUAUUCCAGGUGUGGUGCUAUUCUCGUCGGCUGUAUACUUCGCUGAGGCAGGCUCCGAGAAUUCAUUCUUCAAGUCCAUUCCGGACGCUUUCUGGUGGGCUGUUGUCACGAUGACGACCGUCGGCUAUGGUGACAUGACGCCCGUCGGAGUCUGGGGGAAGAUUGUUGGAUCCCUUUGUGCAAUUGCUGGUGUCUUAACCAUCGCUCUACCCGUUCCAGUCAUCGUUUCAAACUUCAAUUACUUCUAUCAUCGAGAGACUGAUCAGGAAGAAAUGCAAUCGCAGAACUUCAAUCACGUCACAAGUUGCCCGUAUCUACCUGGUACAUUAGGUCAACACAUGAAAAAGAACUCGAUGUCGGAGUCAUCUUCGGACAUAAUCGAGCUGGAGGAAGGUAUUUUGUUGACUCAUCACGAGGUUGCCAGAAGACCGAACUGCAAUUCACGCCACAACAAUAACAUCAACCCAGCCUGCGUAAGCAUUGAGACUGACGUUUGACUACUAGUGAAGGAGACGGUGGCAGUAUGGUGGCCAUUUUUGGGAAAAUUCUUCAAAAUCUGCAGCAGUCCCUUACAUUAUAACUUGGCGUAGGCCUUUUCGCCGCACACACUAUACAAUAAUCCGCGUUAUACAAUAUCGAUCAUACAAAAAUAAACUAUAUAUAUUUCUAUAUAUAUAUAUUUAUAUAUACAUAAAUAUAUAUACAUACAUAUAUAUAUUUAAUGAUAAUAAUAAUACUAAUUUUUAGUGUGUGUGCAGUAUGUAUGGGAUUCUUUCUGUGUGUGUCUGUCCGUCUGGGCUCAUAUGGGGUGUUCAAUAUUUUGGGUAAAAUGAAAGAAAGAAAGAAUUAAAGAAAGAAAAGAAAGAACAACAAUAACCAUCCCUUACAAAACACUGUCAUAACUAACUGCUACACUUCACUGCACCGGAUUAAAGGAAAGUGACCAGACGAAAAAUAAGGAUAAAAAAUGAUCGAGAUCAUUAUAUUAUUGUAACAGUCAAGAAGAAGGGGAAAAAAUUAUGAAACGGAAGGAAAAAAAGAAAAUCGAAACAAACGUAAACUAAAAACUGUAUCAUAAAUAUGACCACUUUCAGCUGUACGAGAUAUAAAAUACAUCUUCGGAUUAUACCUACAUGAUAUAAAUACCAUAAUACAUAUACGUGUAUACACUAUACAUGAAGUCAUUUUUGAAUAAAUUCAAGGUGGCCACGUAUGUAAAGUAUAAUAUACAUAUGCAAAUAUAUAUGUACAGACAAGUAGUGCAUUUCGGACAGACCCAAAAAAUCCCCUCCCCCCCAAAGAAGAAAAAAAACGAAGACAAGACAAUGCCCAGACCCAGACCACACUUUUUUCAACUCACCCUAUCAGUCCGCAGGGACCUACGCGGCGAUUUCAGCCCCUCACCACCGACUCCAGUGUUCAAAACAAAAAAUAAAAAUAAAUAACUAAAUAAAUAAAUGAUUAAAUUAUUAAAUAAAAGAAAAACUACGUCUCCGCAACGCGCUGGUUGCGAACUAAAAAAAAGAGAAUUCCCCUGGAAAGGGAGUUCUCGCCUCACGUGUCGUUUGCCCGUCGUGCGUGUUUGUCAAAGAAAUGAAGUAAAAUUAUAAAAAUAAAUGAAUGAAUAAUGCGGAGAUGGAAUAUUAAAUACCAGAUUAUACUAAUAAUUACUUAAUUAUAUUGAAUUAAAAUUACAAUUUAAUUAAACUUAAUCAUUUGAUCGAUUAAUAACGUAAUUGACAAAAAAUUUUUAAAAUUAAAAAAAAAAAAAAAAACAAUUGAGAAAACAAGAAAAGAUUUUUAACACUAAUGAAUGGGGUGAAAAAGAUUGAUAAGCAAACACAACAUGACAUGAUAUUCAUUAAAAGCAAAACACAAAAAUAAAAAAACAGAAAGAUAAUAAAUACAAGAUUUAAAACAAAAAUACAAAACAAAAUAAACUUGGGGAAGCAACCAAACAGGGGAGGAAAAAUUCAAAACAACAACAUAUGAAAGGAGAAAAAAACUAUUAUUAUUAUAAUUGGAAAAAAUAAAAGAAAAAAAAUUGAAAAUUAAAUAAUUACGAAAAUAGAAAGGGGGAAAAAAUUAGUAAUCGCAAUCGGAAGAACGGGAGCUCAUAUGAUAAGCUGCAAACGUUAAGCAUUGCGCGAAGUAACGGGGAAGAAAAAAACUAACAAAAAAAAAAAGAAAAAAAUGGGGGAAAUUUUUUAAACAAAUCGUUUUUACGAGAUUAUAGACGUUAAUUAUUGCGUCUUAAGCAUGUCGCGGUUAAGUAUAUUUAUAUGUAUGCAUGUGCAUAUACUAGACUAUAUAAAUUAUAUUAUAUAUUAUAUGUAUGUGUGUAUAUAUAUACAGGGUUCAAGUUACGAUGUAAAACAUUGCAGCUGCUAGUUAUAUAUACAUAUAUACUUAUGUGUAUUUAUAUAUGUAUAAUAAACUAAAAAACACAUAUACAUAUAUAUAUACAUCAGUACAUAUAUAGAAAGCUCGUGGUAGACGUGUUACGCUUUUCGCGAACGUUGUUCCAUAUUUAUAUCUUCUACUGCUGUAACCUCUGAUCAGGUUCUUUAUUUACGGAAAUAAUAAUAAUAAUAUUAAUAAUAAAUAAAUAAACAAAUAAAUGAAUAAAUAAUUAGAAGAACAAUAGAGGUUAACAAGAAUGAAAAAAGGAAGAAAAAGAAAAAAGAAAGAAAUACACUAAACUAAAAACUACAUGGUAAUAUUUCUUUCUCUUGUUUAAACAAUUCAUAUUAUUAUAUUAUAUGAUACUCAUUUUUAAAACGUCCGAUAUUUGAUAUAUUAUUAUACUAAAAAAAUAUGUAUAUACCUAUAAUAUAUUAUAAUGUUAAUUAUCCGCAACUCGUUCGGGGGGCACGAAGGGGAUAUUAUAAAUAUAUAAUAUAUGCAUAAAUAUGUAUAUAUGUAUGGAAAACAGUUACAUGCAUGAAAAAAGGUGAAACAAAUUGGAUGAAACGAAAAAAAAAAAACACAUACAAACAAACAAAAGUAAGAACAACUACAUAAAUGUUGAAAAAAACCGAAAUUGUUCAUUUGCAAUCCAAAAAAAAAUCUGAUUUUGAUUUGAUUUCCUUUGUUUCUUUUUUUUUUUAAUUAGGGUUGUCGUGUAACGAGUAUUCAUAAUUUUUGUUACCUGAGUUAGUACACAGGUAACAUACAUGAUAUGCGAAUCCUGAUAUUAUACAUACAUACACAGAAUAUUAAUGAUGUGAUACCUUACGCAAAAUUUGAAAUCCUCCACAUAUACAUGUAUCCGUGCAAAAAAACAAGUGGUGAUCAAACUUCUCAGAUCACGAUAUCAUUUAUCGCACUUGAUUACAACACAUGUAUAUUAUCACAUGAUGAAAAAGAAGCAAAGAAACAAGAUCUAACAACCCACAUAAUCUUACCACACGUAUAAUAUAAUCAUAGGAAAACAAAAUACCUGCACAGUUUUUUGUGAGUACAUGUCGCGUGUUAGAAUAAAAUCUAAACUAGCCUAUAUUCAUGCUUAAUUAUCGAAUAUUUUGCUCGAUCAAAUUGCUCAAUAUCCUGUUUCAUCGCGUAUUUAAUUACUUAAUCGAAUAAUUGUAUCAUCUCUUUUCAUAUUGUGUGUAGAUUGAUGCAUUUAUCGGUUUUCCUUUAUGUCUCGUAAUUUUUUCUUUUUUUUCGUACUAUAUAAUGUUAUUUAUGUGUACAUAUGAUACAUACACACACAUACACCUACACACACAAAUGAAUAUAUAUAUAUAUAUAUAUGUUAUAUACUGAUUGGCACGUUGAUAACAACAUACAUAUUAUAUGAUAUUAUCUAUAUUAUGUAUGGUAUAUAUAUAAUAUUAUCCUCUUCAAAUUUGAAAAUUAUAUUAAUUAAAUUGCUGCUCAAAUCGAUCCUUCCUGACCGGCCCCCUUAGCCCCCCUUCCCCAUGAAAAAGCAUAGCAAAAGGAAACAAACGUUUAAGAAAGAAAAUUGAAAAAUGAAGAGAACAAAAAGAAUAAUGAAACGUAACUAGCUAGCAUCUACUCUAAUAACUAUAUAUAUCAAUACUCGUAUAUUAUAAUUCUAUUAUAAAACUGUACUACUUAUUCUUCUGUCUCUAUGUUACUAUCUAUGUACGCAUAGUAUACAUAUACAUACAUAUAUAUGCUUUUUCCCCUUCCAGCGCAGCAGCUGGUGACUGCCUCGUAUAUUUAUAGGAAAAAAAAAACAAAUUCAAUGCAAAAAACUAAAUUUCUUAACAUGAGAUAUACUCUCCUCCACUCCCUUCGCCCAGCCCACCCCCCAACUUUCUGCCAUGGUGAAGUUCUUUUCUUUCGGUUCAUAUUGCCUCAUCGUUUUGCAAAAGAAGAAACUAAAAAAAGUCAUUCUAUUGCGUUAUUCAAUCUCGUUA